AUGAGUAACAAAGCACAAAACAAAGCCAUAUAAAUAUAUUAAACUAUUCAAUCACAAUUACCAAAGCCAGAAAUGAUAUUUUUUAAUGAUCCACACACAACUGACUAAUAUAAAUUUGGGGUUGUUAAAUUAGAUGAAAACUUUUAUUAUGAUGGAGUUGUUAGAGGUAAUAGACCAGAUGGAAUUGGAAUUAUGACAGAUAAAAGACAAUUGUUCAGCGUAAGAGGUAGAUUUGCAAACACAAAAUUAUGUGGAGCAGGUCGUGUUGAAUUGGAAUCAGGAGAAAUCUACGAUGGUGUAUUUAGAAAUGGUAUUUUUUGUAGUGGAAUUUGCUAUCAUUCUAAAGAAGACAGAUUUAUUUAUGGUAAUUUUAAGACUCCUGAAAUCAAAAUUUUGUUAAAGGGAAAGGGUUAUCCAUAUUAGCUCUUUUUGAAUAAUAAGGAGAAAUUAUACGAUUCAACAUUAGUUUAUAAAACUACUUGUAGUGAAAUAAUAUUUGCUCCAUAAGAGGAUCGUCACUUGGUGAGAGAAUUUGAUAGAUUUAAAUACAAUUUAGAUAUACCAAGUAGUCGGUCAAGUUAUUAAGAAUCUAUUUUCGAAACAUCAGAAAGAGAGAGCAAUUAUAGCUUAAUUUAAGAUGAAAUGAACGGAAUUUAAUAAGAUGAAUUAAAAAAUAAAAUAAAUCAAGAUAAUAUAGAAGUAUUUGAUCAUGAAACAAAGCAAAUGAUUGAACAAACUUAAUAAAGUAUCUUAUAAAAUGAAGAAAUACAUUAUUAAAAUUAUUAAGAUGAGGAAGAUGAUAAAGAUAGCAAUAGUAUUAAAAGAACAGCAGAUUUUAGUCACUAAGAAAUUGACGAAUUUGAAUAGAAUUUAGAUCCAUUAGUAUAAAUUUCUAAAUAAAGAGAAUAACGCAUUAAAUAAAUGUAAGAGUAAUAAAAUUAGUCAUACAUUUUAAUUGAAUCAUUAAGAAACUAAUUAAAUUGCUAUGAAGAAAUAAAAAGAAACAAUCUUUAAUAAUAAUCAAAUUACAAUUUUGAUUAUUAGAAAGAUUAAGAUUUUUCCAACAAUUUGAAAUACCAAAUAAUUGAAGAUAAAAAUAAUGAAUAAAUUAAUUAUCUCGAAUAGAUAAAACAUGGAUAAGAUUAGACAGGUUAGCUUGAUUAAAAAUAUUAGUAUCCCCUUUCAUAAAAUUCAUUUAACUAGAUAUAGAAUGGUAAUAGCUUUAUUAAUAAUUAGUAAGUCUCUACAUAAUAUAUAAAUCAAAUAAAUUAAAGUUAACUUAAUAAUAACUUUCAGUAAAAUUUUUAGAACAAUUUUAACAAAGAGUAUGAUAUUAAUUAGUAAUAAAAGUAUGUUGGAGCUCAAAUUUUACAAGAGUCCACUAACUCUUAAAAUUCUUUCGCUACAUUUUCAAAUAAAAAAAACGGUGUUAAAUUAUUCUAUCAAGAUGAUGAUAAUAUAGAGCAUGAUAAAAUACCUAGUUCUAAUUCCAAUUAAUGUAUGAAAAUUUAAAUAAAUUAAUCAUUAAAUAUGAAAGAAUUUUAAGAAGAAAAUUAAUAAAAAUAGCAUAAUAAAGUUCCAAAUACAUAGUUUUAAAAUAACUUAACAAAAAUUAUAAUAACAGAUCUCUCGAAAGAAAUGCCUGCUUAAAAUUAAAAAAUAAACAAUAGCUAAAUAUGUUAAAAGGAUUUAAAUUAAUCUAUUCUUAAUUAAGAUUAGCAAAAAUUAAUCUAUAAUAAUUAAAAUGGUAAAGACAUAAACAGAGAUUUAGAUUCCUAAGAUUUUUCAAAAUUUUCUUAAUAAUAGAUAAAAAUAGAUAAAUUUAAAGAAAAAUUGUAGAAACAGCUAAAUGAUUAGUCACUUAGUAAAAAAAAUUAAAACGACAGUAUUGAAAUUUAUUAGAAAUCAUAAGAUGAAGAGUCUAAAGAUUUUGAUAGAAUUAGAUAGAGAUCUUAAUUUUCUGUUGAUUUUGAUCCCAAUUUAAUAUCAAAUAAUAAAUAAUUAGAACAGGAAAUGAUCGAGAAUUAUUUUGAAAACCUAAAAGCAUAGUUUACAGACAAAAAUUAAAAUAAUAGUACAGGUACCAUUUCUGCUUUAAAUGAAAUUCUUUCAGAUUAAAAUUAUCAGAGCAAAGGUAGGACUGAAGAUUAUUCUUUAAUGUAAAUCUUAGAUGAUAAACUUGCAUAAAAUAGAAGCUAAUCUAUUGAAAAAACUAAUACAGUUUAAAGAAAAUUCUUAGAUUCUUCAAUUUAGUAUUUAGAAAGUGACCAUAAUAUAAACUUCAAAGAUAGCCAAAAUAACAGUGGUUUUACACAUUCUUUUGAUAGGAGUGGUAGAAAAACAAUUGAUAAAUCAAAUCCUUCUCAAUUUUAUAGAUAUACCUAAAAUAGCUUAUCAGAAAAAAACGAUGAAGAAAAUGAUGAGGAUGAAGAAUCUUCAAAAGAUGAAUUUCAUAUUAAAAAUAGUGAAAGAAAUGAUUCAAUUAUUGAAAAUGAUCAAAACUCAAUAGACUAAAGGAAUUACUCAGCUAAUGAUCAAGCCUUUAUAAAUUCUAAUUUGAAUUUAACAGAGAUAGAGUAGUGA